AAUAUGAUUUAAUAUGAUUUUUUUAUUUGAAAGUAAAUAUUUUUUAUUUGUUACUGUUGUACUGUACAGAAAAUAUAGAAGUAUUAUAGAAUGGCAUACAUUCGCAAAAUACUUGGAGCUAUGCCAUUUGGUGGUCAACUGAAUGAAGCACAGUCACAUAAAAUGAUUAAUGACUGGAUAAAGCUUGGCUACAAAGAAAUUGAUACUGCUAUAUUAUACCAAGGUGGAAACUCAGAAAAAAUCAUUGGAUGUUUGAAGAUAUGCAGAGAUAAUAAUAAAGUAAAAGUUGCAACAAAAGCUAAUCCUCAAAAAGGUUAUCAAUCAGAAAAAAUAGUUGAACAAGUUAAUGAAGCUCUUUCGAGAUUGCAACAGAGUUGUGUAGAUAUUCUUUAUUUGCACGUUCCUGAUCACAACACACCAAUUGAAGAUACAUUGAAAGGAAUUAAUCAAUUAUAUACAGAAGGAAAGUUUAAAGAGUUUGGUUUAUCUAACUAUGCAUCUUGGGAAGUGGUAGAUAUUUUUCAUAUAUGCAAAGCAAAUGGUUAUGUGUUGCCAACAGUUUAUCAAGGGAUGUAUAAUGCCCUUACAAGAGAUGUUGAGUUAGAAUUAUUUCCAGCCCUAAGAAAACUUGGCAUUAGAUUUUAUGUGUACAAUCCACUUGCUGGUGGUCUAUUAACUGGAAGAUAUGAUUUUAACCUUCAAAAUGAAGAGCAGCCUAAAGGGAGAUUUUUUGCUUCUGGUAAUGCUGGAUGGACCAAUCAAUGGACUAAAGCUUACCAAGAUCGUUAUUGGCAAAAUCCUUACAAAUAUGGUGUACAAAAUGUCAUGGAAGUUGUUAAAAAAACAUACAAUGAAGAAGUAACACUAUUAGAAGCAUCCCUGAGGUGGUUGUUUCAUCACUCUCAACUUCAAGAUAAUGAUGGAGUUAUUUUAGGUUUUUCUAAACCAGAACAUUUUCAAACAAAUUUAAAUGCAUGUAGUGGUGGUCCUCUUCAUGAAGAUGUAGUCAAAGCAUUUGAUGAUAGUUGGGAUGCUAUCAAGUCAAAAUGUCCGAAAUAUUAUCGUUAAAUUAUUUUUAACAUCUGUUAAAACAGUUUUUGUAAUCAGUUUUUUUUUUAAUAAAUUUUUUUUUAAUCUUUAAAA